AGAAUAAAAACCUGCACGCUUCCUCUCUCUCGGAAAAGGAAAAGAAUAACCGGGGACACUUCCUCUUCUCUCAUCUCUCAGAAAAGAAACAGAAAAAUUCUCAAAAAAAAGAAAAAAUCUUCCUCUUGACAUUUGCUUUGCGUUGCUUUGCUUGCUCUAGUCUCGGCUCUUGCCCUGUUGCCCAUAGCUCCAAGCCUCAAACGAUCUCCCCCAUCCAUCCCACCACCGGGACGCAUCAAGCAGCCGGCGAUGGGGUCCGCCUCCGCCAGCGUCGCCACCGCCACCGCGCACCUCGUCGCCGCCACCGCGCUCCUCCUCAUGCUCGCGCGAGGCGGCGAGUCCGUCAGUUUCUGGCUCCCGCCGCCGACCGCCGGAGGAGGAGGGGGCUUCCUCGGCGGCGCGGACCGAUACCUAACUCGGGAGGAGCACUGGAUGAACCAGACCCUCGAUCACUUCAACCCGACGGACCAUCGGCAAUUCAAACAGCGUUACUAUGAAUUUCUUGACUACUACCGAGCUCCAAAUGGCCCGAUCUUCCUCUACAUCUGUGGAGAAUCCUCAUGCAGUGGGAUUGGCAAUAACUACUUAGCUGUGAUGGCGAAGAAAUUUGGUGCUGCAUUGGUUUCUCCUGAGCAUCGAUACUAUGGAAAGAGUUCUCCUUUUAACAGUUUAACAACAGAAAAUCUACAGUUCUUGUCAUCAAAGCAGGCUUUAUUUGAUCUUGCCGUUUUCCGCCAAUAUUAUCAGGAAACCUUAAAUGCUAAGUAUAAUCGCUCUGGGGCAGACAGUUCUUGGUUUGUUUUUGGAGGAUCAUAUGCUGGAGCACUCAGUGCUUGGUUCAGGUUGAAGUUUCCUCACUUGACAUGUGGAAGCCUAGCAAGUUCAGGAGUUGUUCUUGCUGUAUACAACUUUACUGAUUUUGACAAACAGAUUGGGAUCUCUGCUGGUCCUGAGUGCAAGGCAGCACUUCAAGAAAUAACAGGACUUGUUGAUGGACAGCUUCAGUCUGGCCGUAAUUCAGUUAAGGAGCUGUUUGGAGCACCAAAGUUAGAAAAUGAUGGUGACUUCCUCUACUUACUGGCGGAUGCUGCUGCUAUUGCGUUCCAAUAUGGUAAUCCUGAUGUCUUAUGCUCCCCACUAGCUGAAGCAAAGAAGAAUGGGACAGACUUGGUGGAAACAUUUGCUAGUUACGUCAAAGAUUAUUACAUUGGAAAAUUUGGCGCAUCAGUAGCAUCAUAUGAUCAAGAAUAUUUGAAGAACACAACUCCUGCUGAAUCCUCAUAUAGGCUAUGGUGGUACCAAGUUUGCAGUGAGGUUGCAUAUUUCCAGGUGGCACCAAAAAAUGAUAGUGUUCGCUCCCCAAAGAUUGACACAAGGUACCAUUUGGACUUGUGCAGAAAUGUUUUUGGUGAAGGAGUCUACCCUGAUGUCUUCAUGACAAACUUAUACUAUGGAGGCACAGGAAUUGCAGGUUCUAAAAUUGUUUUUGCAAAUGGAUCUCAAGACCCAUGGCGACAUGCUUCUAAGCAGAAAUCCUCAGACGAAUUGCCAUCAUACUUAAUUGAAUGCGAAAACUGCGGACAUUGCAGUGAUCUCUCUGGAUGCCCUCAAGCUCCUUCAAACAUUGAAGGCGAUUCAUCCAAGUGCUCACCUCCUGAAUCUCUGAACAAAGUAAGGAAGGAGAUUGUCGAUCACAUCGACCUGUGGUUAUCAGAAUGCCAAGAGCAAGGACAUGACAAGGAGCCAUCACUGGGAAGCAGAUGGGCCAUAUCUACUAUUUGAUCAAUCUGUAAAGCUAUAAGCAUGUGCUGCUAGACCUAGGCAAAUAUGUUUCCUUUUCUUGCAGUACUGUGGUAGUAUACCGUUUCCGCGAACAAUACAGGCUGCUGAGUAAUUCACCGGUGGCUAAUAAAUAAAAGAGGCAGUUCUCAGUCUCUCGGCAUCAUGGGAUGCUUGCUUGCGGUGCUCAGACGUGAGAAAUGUCCACCGUUUUGGACUUGGAUGCGUUGACCUGUAGAGACGAUGCCAUGAUUUGAAAAUGUUUAACGAUCUGCACACUGACAAGUUCGUUAAUAUACAUAUACAUCUGGCGCA